UACGAACAUAGGUUGUAUAAAUGACCAAGGCACUGGCCCUGCAGAUAACGCGCAAAGUACUAGAUGACUAAAAUGUGAAAAUUGCAUACGUAUUCAAAUUGUGACAAUUCGGAAUUGAAUUGGGUGCUAAAAAUAAACGAUAACCAGCGAUUUACAACAAUUGCAGUCGAAUAAACAAAUUUACAGCGGCAAUUAAAUGCGCGACCAUAAAUCACGAUUUGGGCAAUAGUUAUUAAAAGCGAUUUAGAUUCCGUUAAGAGCUCAGCUGCAUGGCUCCCCCUUUAUUUGCAGGGAACAAUCAUUAUUGCAAUAAUAAUUAAACAAAAGUAACAAUAACAAUAACAACACUAACAGAAGCAGCAUAAAAUGAGUGAUAAAAUUGCUAAAAUAGUAGCUGGCAACUAAUCACAGCAACCAGCAGACAGUAAACGGUGCCUCAACUCAACUUUUGAACUAUCCAACGAACUUAGCUCCCCAACGUGUGAGCUUUAACCCACCAGCACCACCAAUUGCGCCACCCCUGCCCCUAACUGCAAACAUGGCCUGCUUUCCGCGCCUCUUUCAUCAUCGGAGUAAAAACAAAUUUACGCCUGCCCAAGAUGAGAACACAGACACGAUACUCAACACACAAGAUAGCCCCGUGAAAAGUGUACUCUAUAUACGACGCGAGGAGAAGCAACUUUACUCACCCAUGAUUACGCCCAGUGCCAGUGAGAUUCAACUGCAGCGCCUAAAACAACAGCCCUCCAGCUCCUCUGCCCAAGAACUCCAGGCAGUGGCCGAAAAUGGGUUCAGUUCUAGACGAGCUGAUGGUAGUCCUGACAAUAGCCAGCAGGAGGAACAAAUACCUCAACCUCAACAGCAGCGGCCAAAGAAGUUUCGCUCACAUAAAAGCCGGCUACAGGCCGAGGAAAAGGAGAGAGACAAGGAUGGGAUGGGGAAGGACAAGACGGCACCAGUCAGUGGUAGUGCAAUUAAUGUCACACGUACCAAUUCCAAAUUAAAGCCCGUCAAAGAGCGACGACCGACGGCCCUGCCUACUGAGGCGCCCAACGUGAAUGGCGCCCAAUGUGAUGAGGUUGACGAUAAGGAAACGCUGGAGCAGGAGUUGGAGGUCGAUGUUGUGGAUGGCAAGUCAAAACUCAAUGUGAAUGUGAAUGGCAUAAUUGAUGAUAGUGCUGACAAUGAGACAGGCAGCACUCCAUCCAUAGAAACGCCGUCGAUAUUCACACCAACAUCAAAAGCCUCAGCAACAGGGGCAGGAACUCCGACAACAGCAUCAGCAGCAGCAGAGUCAAAUGUAAAAUUCUUUAUUGGUCAUACACAGGAACUAAAUACCGAGCAGCACUCUGAUGACACUUUGUCCUGGCCCAGCAGCGAUGCCAACAACAAUAAAAAGCACAACAACAACUUGACAAAUGGAACAUUGCCACUGAACCAACAAGGACACGAAUUUGGACAACAUCUGACGGACUCAACAGCAACCACAACGACAAUGCCACAGGCACCCGCAAAGAGCUGCAGCAAUGUGUCACUCAAUUAUCUAAGGAGAUCUAAGAGCACCAUUGCCACCGAGUCGACUACCACUGCACAGCGACGGCGUGUGUCAACCAUGCCCGAUAUUAACAUACCAACGCCUCCACCCCUACCCCUAGAGCUCCUGAAACCCGUUACACCGCUGCACUUACGAAAGAAACGCAGUGCCGAGCCUCAAGCAGCCCCAGAGCUGCCUUUAAACAAGUCAAACAGUCAAGAUGAAAUGGCCAACCCGGAGGAUAGCGAUAGAGGUAGUAGAAGUCUGCGGAGAAGUAGCAGCGGCAGCUCUGCAGCAAAAACACAUCGCGUGGAAGGUGGCCUCAUCUAUAUGCGACCAAAUUUGCCCGUGCAGCAGAACAUUGAAAUCGAAUUUAAUGCAAAGGACGAAGCUACACGCAAUCUCAUACUCAAUGCCAUUGAACACAAUGAUUUCCUCAAUAAUCUAAUGGACAAGGAGCGCAAGGAUAUGGUCAUCAAUGCAAUGGCGCCUGCCAGCUACAAGAAGAACAGUUACAUCAUCAAUGAGCACGAUGAGGGCUCCGAGUUCUUUGUCUCUGCCGAGGGCUACUAUGACGUCAUACAGGCGGGCAAGCAUGUGGGCAACUUUGGGCCAGGCACAGUCUUUGGCGAACUGGCAAUACUCUACAAUGCCCCACGAAAAGCCACAAUUAAAGCUGCCACGGAUGCGCGUGUUUGGAAGAUUGCCCGCGAAACAUUUCGGGCCAUCAUGCAAAUCUCUGGCUCCCGGGAACGAGAGGAGAACUUGCAGUUCCUUCGCUCGGCUCCAUUUCUACAGGAGCUGGAAGAGAGUCUGCUGACCAAAGUUGUCGAUCUACUACAGCGGAAAUUCUACGAGACUGGCAGCUGCAUUGUGCGCGAGGGGGAGCUGGGCAAUGAGUUCUUCAUAAUACGCGGCGGUACAGUAACCAUCAAAAAGAAGGACGAAGCAAAACAUGAACAAAUAGUGGCGAAGCGAAAGCGUGGCGACUAUUUCGGAGAGCAGGCCCUAAUGAAUGCCGAUGUGCGACAGGCGAGCGUCUAUGCGGAUGCCCCUGGCACCGAGGUGCUCAAGCUGGAGAGAGAAGCCUUCAUCAGCUAUCUGGGUACCAUUAGGCAGCUGCGCGAGAAACCCAAGGAGCAGGCCACUGAGAAUGGGCGAUCGAGCAAUAAGAGUGCCGAGUUCGAUAAUGAGCACGCACACAUUGCCAUUUCAGAUUUGAAGAAGGUGGCAACACUGGGCGCUGGCGCCUUCGGUCGCGUCGAUCUGGUCACACACAACAAUCAGACAUUCGCGCUGAAGAUCAUCAAGAAGAUCGAGGUUAUCAAACAGGAUCAAAUCGAGCAUGUCUACAAUGAGAAAAAUGUGAUGAUCAAAUGUCGAGCUUCACCGUUUAUAGUGCAGCUCUAUCGGACAUAUCGCAAUGAGAAGUACGUGUACUUUCUGAUGGAGGCGUGUAUGGGCGGCGAUGUGUGGACUGUGAUGUCGAAGCGUCAGUAUUUCGAUGAUAAGACUGCCAAGUUUAUAGCUGGCUGUGUUGUGGAAGCUUUUGAUUUUCUGCAUUCGCACAGCUUCAUCUACAGGGACCUCAAGCCUGAAAAUCUAAUGCUAACCAGCGAUGGCUACUGCAAGCUGGUGGACUUUGGAUUUGCCAAGUAUGUGCGUCCCAAUGAGAAGACAAAUACAUUUGCCGGCACACCCGAAUAUGUUGCGCCCGAGAUAAUUUUGGAUCGCGGUCAUGAUCGAUCCGUGGACUAUUGGGCACUGGGGAUACUGGUGUACGAGCUGCUGGUGGGCAAAACACCGUUUCGGGGCGUCAAUCAAAUCAAGAUCUAUCAGAACAUCCUCAGUGGCAUCGAUGUGAUACACAUGCCAUCACGUAUACCCAAAUCCGCCCAGCAUCUGAUCCGACAUCUGUGCAAGCAGCUGCCCGCCGAGCGGCUGGGAUACCAGCGCAAGGGCAUUGCGGACAUCAAGCGGCACAGCUGGUUCGACAAUCUGGAUUGGAUGCGACUCAGACAGAAGCAGUUACCGUCGCCCAUCAAGCGUUGCCUGAAGAGCUGGACAGACCUGCAAUACUUUAUGCCACUCGGCGUUAACGAUGACUAUGAGCCGCCCGAGGAGCUCAGCGGCUGGGAUAAGGACUUUUAGUUGUCAGCCGAAUAAAUGCCUACUAUUAUUAUUGUUAUUAUUAUUCUAAUUUUACUGCAGAUAUUUUGUAUAUAAUUGACUAGUGUUUAAUUAGUUAGCUACUGGAUAGUUUAGAGGCACAUGCAUAAGUUGUAAAUAAAUUGAUAUUUCAAUCGUUUAAAGUCAA